CCCGCUUCACGGUCAUCGCAUGGUCGUUUUUUGUGGGCGCUGCCUUUGGACGCGGCCAAACAGUCCCUGGGCGUGACCUGCGCCGUGCGCCGUGGACAGAUGCUUCCGGAGAGCGUCACGGGAAUCACAAGACUUCUCACCAGCGCGCGCGGGGGAGGUGUUUCUCCGCAACUUUUUCCAUCUUCCUUCGCCGGCAAGAGAAGGAUUUCUUUUUUUCCCCAGCGGGACCGACAAGGCUGCUGGGCUAGCGCCCCGCGUGUGCCGGGGGAGCCGCCACGACGCACGCCGCCUCCCCCGCGCUCUCACGGCUAUUUCGCCCUCCCUCCACUGGGCCCCGUCCUUUCCGCCGGGGCCGGGUUCCGGCUGGGCGCCCGGCUUGCUGAAGCGGCGAAUGCUGGCCGCACACGCCCGGGAGCAGAACGGCCGCUUCGAUACGGCGCGCCGCCCUCGCGCGACGAACAGCCCUCCUGGCAUGUUCGACCCGCAAACAGCAGGGGCAUUUGA